AUGAUAUUGGCCAGGAGUACAAAGCAAGCUCAAAUAAGAGUAGCAUAUGUUACCGGUCUCGUUAACAAUUGGCUGGAAGAACAUGGUCUUUCACUAGCUGCCAGUAAGACGGAAGUUGUGGUCUUGACUAGACAGAGGCAUUAUUGGGGUCUAGUAAGGUUUGAGAUAGCAGGAGAAACUGUUGUGGCUGUGCCAGCGGCCCGAUAUCUAGGAGUGUAUGUCGACAGGAAGCUUACGCACUGGUCACAUAUUCGGAAAGCAGCCGACAAAGCCAGCCUAAUCGUAGCGAAGCUUUCCAGGCUAAUGCCUAACAUUAAAGGCCCCAGAGAAAGCAAGAGGAAAACUCUAAUGAGUGUAGCUCAUUCAAUUAUGUUGUAUGGUUCGGAGAUUUGGGCUGACGCCCUGAAGGUACAAAAGUAUAGCAAACGAAUGGUUUCGGUGCAGCGACGUUGUGCUUUGCGUAUAACAAGUGCGUAUCGCACUGUUUCAGCUCCGGCAGCAAUGGUUGUGGCAGGUGUCAUACCAAUCUUCCUUCUUCCCAUGGAGAGGAAAAGAGUGUAUGAGUGA